GGAAGUGGCUGGUGCUGGUGAGACACUGGCUGCGUGUCAUGAUGGUUUUGGUUGGAUAAAGAGUCCUCUUCACUUUUCUGGAAUCUUUCCUCAUCAUGUCCAUCGUCCCUGGGUUGACUGUAUUCACAAACACAAGGCAGAUCUUGUGGAGGAUCAUCCCUUGACCAUGGGGCUUUUACAGGGAACUGAAUAUUACAUAUGCGACCCUGGAGCAGGGCAAGGCUAAAGCUCAUGUUUGCCAACAAGAUGUCAUGGUGGGCUGGGGGACAGAGAUGAAAAGCGCUGAUCAAGAUGAUGGACUUAGAAGAUGAACCUGGGAUUAAACUGGAGUUGUGAGUUAUUCACCAGGUUUACCAUAUCUUUCGGCACCGCAUUACGAUCAAAUAUAUAUUAUUCACAGAUCUGGAGAUGGAGGGAGCUGAAUUACUGAGACCAAAACAGCACGAGCAGUAAGGACAAUAUCUCCUCUGUCUGUCUCUGCUCUUCCUCCAGUACUUGUCAUCCGCCCUGUUUAUCUGUCCAGAGCCACAUGCCAGCAGGAGGACAGUCUCUUAUGUCAACUUUGACAUGAUGCUCCUGUCGCUGACAGGGAUAAUGCUGAUGAUGACAUCUGGCUGGUCACAUAUUUGACAGUCCUGCGGAAACAGAAGGAGGUGGUCAGUGUGGAAUCAACGCCAGUGACCCUGUUUGUCUGGAACUUCUCCAAAUACGUCUCUGUCACUUAAGACAAGCGUGCCGUAUGGGCACCUGUGACUAUGGCUGUGUAGUCCUCGUGUAACCUUGUUGGGGCGGCGUAGAGCUUAACAAAUGGACUGCUGUGGUUUGCCCUCCAGAGGAGAGCAUUAAACAGAGACACUUGAGGAAUGGCUCACACUCUGUGACUGGAUGUUAGCUCAGUGGAGUUUACAGUACUGCUGGGGACCAUGCAGAUAAGAGGAGGAAACCAGCCACAUCUUCAACCUGUGGGACUGUAGUUUCCUUCCAGAAAUGCUUCUUUUUCAUGUGUUUGAGGAUCUGUGUGACUGAACCAAUCAUGGCCAGCACGGCGGCUCAGCUCCUUGGUUUCUUCUUAGGCCUUUUGGGCUUUACGGGAACUGUGGCUGCAACUCUGCUCCCCCACUGGCGCACCACAGCAUACGUGGGCUCAAACAUCAUCACAGCCACCGCCUACAUGAAAGGCCUGUGGAUGGAGUGUGUGUGGCACAGCACUGGCAUUUACCAGUGUGAGCUGUACAGAUCUCUGUUGGCAUUGCCUCAUGACCUGCAGGCUGCCCGGGCACUCAUGGUGCUGUCCUGUAUCAUCUCAGUCCUGGCAUCUCUGGUGUCUGUUAUGGGUAUGAAGUGUACCCGUUUUGCCCGCGGCUCAUUCGUCAAGACUCCACUGGCGAUGAGUGGGGGAAUCGGUUUCCUCUGUGCUGGUCUUCUCUGUCUUAUCACUGUGUCCUGGACCACCAAUGAUGUCAUAUUGGAUUUCUACAGCCCCUUCCUCCCCAGUGGGCUGAAAUGUGAGAUCGGCCUGGCAGUGUACCUCGGUUACGCGUCGUCCUGCCUCAGUCUGUGUGGAGGACUGGUGCUGUGCUGGAGCAGCAACGUUGCCAGGUCACAGAGACCCCCGCAUAUACAGAGGAUUCCAGCAUCAUCACCUCCUCCUGCCUUCAACAUCAUUUAUCCCCCUGCUCCACUCUACAAGCCACCGGAGGCCCUGAAGGAUAAUCGCACUCCCUCAUUGUGCUCCCUUUCCAGCAAUGGCUAUCGGCUCAAUAACUACGUCUAAAUCUUGGUGGAUCUGUGCAGCUCUGCACAAUCAAACUGAACCUUUCUCCAACUCAUUAUUAUUUUGUUGUUUCUUGUCUCCUCUACACCUGUAAAGCAAGAAAGAAAAUGUGAAAGGAAGGACAAGUACCUCACCUUCUCAUGUUUAACCAAACAUUACUUGCAACAUAUCACACUUCAACAAACUCCUCCGUUCUUCUCACUGUCACCAGAAGUGAGGUCACACUUAAGUUUUCCUUGGCUAAUCUGGGAUUCACUGAGUGUUUGAAGAGAACUGCAUGGAAAAUAAAACUGGUUGCCCUGCUGCUACACAACUACAGGACCAGAAGGUGGCGUCAUUGUCCUGCAAAUAAUCACAGAGAAGCGAGACCAUGUAGUGAAGUUCAGUUCCCACAUUCUAACCUCUGACACUCGUGUUAAUUAAUGACCACAUGUUUAGUCACUUCCUUGAUGAAGCCUGAAUGUUUUAACUGGCAUUUACUUUUGUAAAUGACAAUGCUCCACAUCAGUAACUUAAACACAUUAAUCAACACUAUAUGGACAAAAGUAUUUGAAUUCAGGUGUUUCAGUUAGGCUUUGAGCUCGGCCCCUUAUGUCCAAUGAAGGUCAAUCUUAACACUUCAGCAAACCAAGACAUUCUGGACAAUGCUAUGCUGCCAACUUUGUGGCAACCGUUUGAGGAAGGUCCUUUUCUAUUCCAACAUGAUUGUGCCCCAGUGACUUUAAGGAAAUGGUUUGACAAGUUUGGUGUGGAAGAACUUGACUGACCCACACAGAGCCAAACCUGCCUGACCUCAUAAAUGCCCUACGGAAUGAAUGGACGCAAAUUCCCAAAGAAAGACUUCAAAAUCUUGAGGAAAGUCGUUCAAGAAGUGUGAAAGCUGUUUGAGCUGCAAAAGGGAAACCAACCCCGUAUUAAAGAAGCUUCUAAUAAUUGAAAUACAAAUGACAAAAUAAUAAACACUUGAUAUCGUCAAAAGUAGUUUUGAUUGGCUUAUUUCACAGCAGA